GCCACCGCCUCAGGGGCGGUGCCGCCCGGCGCCAUUCCCCCGCCGCGCUCCGCUCCGCUCCGCCCCGCCCCGGCAGCCUGCAGGCGCCGGGGGGCGCAGGUUGUCGGGUACCGGGGGCAGGGGAUGUAAAGGUCGGGGGGCUUCUCCUGGAGGGGGCGGAGAGGGGUCUGGGUCCCGCAGUGAGGCCGCGGCUUAGGGCGCCCUGCGGGUUACUGCCAUUUCCAUUAACCUUUUGGCGUUUAUCCCGCGAUCGACAUCUUCCUUGCAGGAAGCAAGGCUUUUGGGCCUGUAACACUCAGUUAAGGUUGGAAAGAUGGGAAAUGCAGAAAGCAAUGCCUAUCGGAACCACCUUUCCAGAUUUCUUCCUGAGGAGCAGUCUGACAUUGAUGGAGUAUUCGAUACCUUAUCGGGAUCAAGUGGCUCAUCAGCAGCAAAAAAUGGAAAAGCUACAAAGAAAACUGUGACUCUGGGAGCGCUACAGGCGUAUAUGCGAGAACCAUUACCAGAGCAAAUGACUGUUCGGUUGUACAAUGGGAUGAAAAGUAUUGACCUGACUGGGAAAUCGUCUGAGCUGAGCGAACAGAUUGCUAAGGAGCAGUUUGUAAUUUUUAUGUCAAACCUCUUAAAAGGGAAUGCAGAUGAGAAGAUUACCAUAAUAAUGAGAAUGAUCUCCACGACAGAAGGUCCUGUGAAGGGCAAGCAAAUCCAAGAGUUCACAGAGGAUCUGAUCAUGUCUGUGGUCCAUGUACUGAGCUACAGGAAGGAAUUGAAAGGUUGGAAUUUGGAGAACACGAGGGAUUCUGCAGGUGGAAUAAAGGCUCUGGCUUCUCAGCUGCUGUCAGAAUUGAAGCUUGCAGAUGGGGCAAAACCUGUGGGUCCUCAGCUAAUGGAGAUGAAUUUUGAUCAAAGUGUCAUUGAGGAUUGGGUGUACCGAGUUCCACACAUCUCAACUUUUCUCAGUGUUGUUAUCAGGCAAGGCCUCCAUGUUCUGCACUCUCUCCCAGACCAAACCAAAGAAAUAGUCAACUUGGUUCCAGGCUGCAAAGGCAUCAAAGGAAGAGGACUUGUCAGUCUCUUUGACAUCCCAUCCAUCAUAUACAUCAACUCCCAUUUGCCAGCAGAGCUACAGCACAAGUGGCGGCUUUUGUUUUCUUCCAGACUUCACGGAGAAAGCUUUUCACAGCUUUGUGGGCAUAUAGUGAACAAAGGUCCCUGCAUAGUGAUCUUAAGGGACUUAGAUGGCUAUAUCUUUGGUGGGUUUGCAUCUCACUCCUGGGAAGUGAAACCACAGUUUCAAGGUGACAACAGAUGCUUUCUGUUCUCUGUUUCCCCCUCUCUCGCUGUAUAUACAUACACAGGAUACAACGACCACUACAUGUAUUUGAACCAUAGCCAACAAACAAUGCCAAAUGGACUAGGUAUGGGUGGACAACACGAUUACUUCGGCCUCUGGAUAGACAGUGACUACGGGAAAGGACACAGUAAAGCCAAACCUCGAUGUACCACCUACAAUAGCCCUCAGCUGUCAGCUAAAGAGAAUUUUACACUGGAUGCCCUGGAAGUUUGGGCAGUGGGAGACUUGCCUGAAAGUACAGAGACAAAAGGUAAGAAGAGUAUCUUGGAUGUGGAUCCCGAGGCCCAGGCAUUAUUAGAAAUGACGGGAAAAAGUCGGCAGAGCGAAGGUUUACGAGAACCCAUUGAGGAUGACGAAGAUAGCUAAAAGAUUCACAGUAACAUGAAACCCACUUUUUUUUUUGCUCCUGAAUUUUCAUGUUCUUUGGACAGGAUGUUCUUCCUCUUUCGUUAUUUUUCCUUACAUUUACCUAAUUAUCUGGGACUAAGCAUAAGUCUCGUACUUAUGUAACAUUUAGGUCCAGUACAAUAUCCUGCCUGAAGGGUUUAGCCUGGGGAAGCCAGAAAAAUUAACUAGGUAUUUAAAAGAUAUCUAAUGACUAAGUUCUAGCUGAAUGUGAACUUACUAGCAUUUCUGAUAGAUCCUGCCUGCAUAUAGAGUUUAAAAACCAAAGAAUAGCUUAUUGACAGUACUGCUUAUUGACUUGGAGAAUUAAUGUGUAUUUACAUAAAGACUAGCUAAUACUUUGAUUAAGGCUC